GCUAUCAAUCUCUCUUUUUCGGAUCGUCGCAUUAUAGUGACGUUAUUCCAUCUUGAGUCGCGAAACCAACGAGGGUCAAGAUGCGUGUUCAAUGUCAAUGCAUUUUCAUAACAUGAAAAUAAGAUUUACAUUAACUGAAAAGUGGAUACACAUCUGAGAUAAGACUGUGGCCCUCAUGCCUCUCCACCCGUCCCCCAUGUCUUCCCAGACCGUUAGGCAGUUGGUGUUGGCGGUGCGAUACGUGUGUUGCCGUUCACAGGCUAGGCAUGCCGGGAGGCAGCUAGCUUCUUCCUGUAGCCCCGGAGUCCCGCUCCAGAGACGGGCCUACAGCUUGGACUCACUGUCUUCCGGCCCGGGGCGGCCACAGCCCCAGCAGGCUAGAAUAGAGAAGAUGUCCCCGUCCUCAUCCCUGACCCACAGGAACCUGUCUGCGGUGGCUGUCUCUGUCCAGGGGCAGUGUGAACCAUUGUGCAGGUAUGACUUCCUGGAUCUGGGGGAGGUGGAGGAGAAUACUAGGAGGGCUCAGGCCUGUAGGACCAUCAAGCGGUUCAUCGUAGAGCCAGCCCUGGCCAGACUGGUCACGCACCACCUGGUCCCUGACCUGGAGGACAGCAAGGCCGUUAUCUUCGAGUGUAACCCAGGCCCAGGGGUCCUGACCCGGACGUUACUGAACGCAGGCGCUCAGAGAGUGGUGGCCCUGGAGAGUGAGAAGCUCUUCCUGCCUCACCUGCAGGCUCUGGAGAAUCUUGUUGACGGUCAGCUGGAGGUGGUUCACUGUGACUUCUGUAAGCUGGACCCUGUGGGUAAAGGCAGCAUGAAACCUCCUGCCAUGUACUCUGACAAACUGUUCACUGACCUGGGCAUUUCAGAGGCAAACUGGACCGAUGAGGUUCCAGUGAAGGUGUUGGGUAUUUUACCCCAGUCCAGUGAGCGGAGUCGGCUGUGGAAGAUGUUGUAUUCUCUGUUUGAGCGAAUAUCGAUCUACCGUUACGGACGAAUUGAGCUCAACUUGUUUAUCAGUGAGAAUGAAUACCUGAAACUGACGGCAAAGCCUGGGGACAUGUUGAACUACAGAGCCUUUGGAGUUUUAUGGCAGAUGGCAUGUCACAUCGAACUCCUGCACAAGGAGCCCUGGGAUUCCUUUGUGACCUCUUCCAAGAACAAGCUGGCCAUCCCGAAGAGCAGGCUUCCCAACAACAACUUGUGCCUGGUGAGAAUGACGCCUCGCAGGGACCUGUUCUCCUCGUCCCUGACCAGCUCCAAUGCACCCACGCUGAUCCUGAUGAUCAAACAGUUACUGGCUAAGAGGAAGGCACGGCUAGCUGACCUGCUCAAUUUGUGGAGUCCAGAUAGUGGUCCACUCCUGCUGAAGGAGAUUGGGAUGCCAGAAGAUGUACUGACGGGCAAUGUCUACCCUGAGGAGUACAAACAGCUUUUUGAUCUGGUGGAUACAUCUCCGGAUUUCACCCAGAGCUGGCUGUAUCAGGAGAUACUGGAGAACCCUAUGAAGGACGGCUGGUCCUAGACAUACAGUGCCACCACCAGGACUGGAGUGGUAGCACAGCUAAGACCUUUACUAAAAAAGAAAAUGUCAUUCUGAGGUGGCAAGUCUAGAUAACCCUCAAGUUGUUGGAGAACUGGAAAAUCAAAUGUCAUGGUUUAGGAUUGUCCUGGGCUGUUGUGACACAGUAUUUAUAUUGUUUCCGUAUUUGGACAGAGUCCUAUUACAAGGGCAGUCUUAAUGAGCUGAAGAAUUUACUCCCCCUUCAGAGAAUUUAGAACUAGAGUUUGCAAUAAUAUCUUUGUUCUCAGUUCACCCAAAGACGUGUGUGUUUGAUUAAAAGUGCAUUUUUUAAUGUGAUAAUGCUGUCAUUAAAAGGGAUGUUUUCGGUUGAAAAUGUGAUAGUGGUGCAGCAGUGUUACCAUUCAUGUUUUAAUCCCAUUCAUAGAUCUCAGUGAUUUUAUAUUUUCACGCCUUAAUCAGUAAUAUUUAAUCGGAAAAAUCCCCAAUAAACACAUUUUGGAAUUUUCAAAUCAAUUGACUUUUGACCCAUAACAACAAUUUUAGGAUUACUUUCAAAAAGGAAACCCUCAUGCAUUUUAAGUUGCUAUGGUUAGGUGCGUCUGUUGAAUGCAAUGCAACAUUUUCAACAUUAUGACAUAUGGUUCUGAACGGUCUUGAAAUGCCCUCUCAUCUUAUAAAGGAUAACCAAGCACCAGCAAUAAACUGGUUGGAAACAUCACCAUAGAAUCCCAUGUUGUUCUACAGCUGUUAAAGAAUUCAUACAUUAACCCCACAGAUGCCUUCUUUUGGGUGUUAUUAACCUGCCCUGUAAAUCUAUAUACAGUGUAGUCAGAUUCAAUAUUGGCCCUGUUGAGGCAAAUCAUUUUACUUUCUAACAAUAAACAAAUCUAGAUAAUG